AUUUAACCCUGUCAUUUGGCUCACAGACACAGAAACCCUGCAGCACUUGUCAUCCAUCUCUGCUCAGGACCAGUCGUGAAUAUGUUGUGGCUUUGCAUCACGUCGGUGUUGUCAGUUACUGCAGCCGUCUCUGGUCAGACCGUUGACACGAGCCACAUCAGAGUUUUCCCAGCAGUGAACCAGAGUGUUGCAGGGGUGUUCCAGGUCAGCUCCUUAGACCACCUCAACCAGCCUCACUAUGCCUUCAAUGCCUCUGAAGCUCGGGUGCUCUGCUCGUCCCUUGGGGUGAACAUGGCCUCGAAGGCAGAUGUGCAGAGAGCUCUGUCUCGAGGUUUAGAGACGUGCAGGUUCGGAUGGGUCGAUGAACACUUUGCAGUCAUUCCCCGCAUCAACCCGCUUUCUAACUGUGGCCAGAGUCAGACAGGCUUGGUGAAGUGGCGAGCUCCUGUAACACGAAAGUUUGAUGUGUUCUGCUUCAACGAGUCAGAUGCAGCGACACAAUUGGAGGAUACGACGACUGACGGCCCUGUGAGCAGCAGCGAUUACACCGCCGAGACAACACACUCUGCAUCUUCCUCCUCCUCCUCCUCCUCCUCCUCCUCCUCCUCAGCUCCUGAAGUCAGAGACAACGAGGUGGAAGCAGCUCGCUUCGUUGGAGGACUGCAGGGCUCUGCUGGAGGAAAGGUUGUGCUCAUCACCUGCACCUGUACCCUCCUCCUUCUUGCAAUAAUCAUCAUUGUUUAUCUAAAACUGAGGAGUCGCUCUCGGAGCUCUGACCUGAAGCAGCAGCAGGAGUUUGUCGAGACAGAAGAGUGGACGUGUGUGAAGAACAUAAAGGAAACAGAGGAGGAUGCUCAGGAGGAUGAGAGGAUACAAGUGGACGAUAAUGCAAGUUAAACAUGUUUCUGCUGAGACGGACAAUUACUGAGUGAGAGUGUUUAAGGACAAAGAUUUGUGUGAAAGUAAUGUAACAUAAUGGCUGUAAAGUGCAUUUAUUUUUGAGUUUGUUGUUCUGUAUGUGUUUAUUAAAUGGUGCAGUUUAGCCACUA